UCCCUCCUUUUAUUUCUCCCCAUUUGUUUUUCUCACGUCAUAUUUAUUUUUCUCCUUGUUCCUCACAUCUACCACCAGUUUUAGAUCAUUGUUUUAUCUCUACCCUCAAAACCACUGUGCACACAGCGUAUGCUGCUGUUCUGUUUUCCAGAAUAGAUGAGAAUGACUUGACUUCUUUUGGGGCUGUUUUUCUUCACAAAGUCUGGAUGGGGCUGAGUGAUUCCAAAUGGAGUCCAACCUCCAUCAAAGCACUGAAGAUAGAAGCAGAGAAUCUCAAUAUUUUUUUUUCUUCAGUUAUUCCAUUUAAUUUGAAAGAAAUUACACUGUUUCUGCCACAGACAGCACAAUCAUCUCUGCCAUGCCUGGAGCCCUUCUCAUGUAGUCAUUCUGUAUUCUCACCAAAAAGAAGCCUCAUUAUUAAGUUAUUAUUCACCCCCACACCACUCACUCUGCUGCAGACCCCUUGCCAUGUCAGCCAUCAUCCCAAGGCAGAGAGCUCCCCAAAUCCUUUCUCAUCCUCUCUUCCACAUGAUGUCCUUUUUAAGCUUCCCUUCCGUGCAUGACGAGAGAAGCGGGAACCUGCAGAUAGAUUUUGUGCCUUCCUUUGCCAGGGGAUCGUCUCACCCAUGCCGUGCUGCUGGCUGGCCACUGGGCACAGCAAUCACUGCUGGCGAGGUCUCUGCUAUGCCACAUCUGUGCUGCCUGGGUGCUUUUGCUCAGCUCUCAGCAGAGCCAGGCAUUGUGCUUUGCAGAGAGAGGUGCAGGAAAUAGGUUGGUGCACCAACCUUAAAAGAGCAAAUGAGAGCAGUAGUUAACAGAUGGGUAAAUCUGACUGGGUUUGCAAAGCUUUAUUUGUGAUGAUAACAACGAAUGAGAUGACUGAAAACAUGAGAGAGAAGAUCCAGGAGUCAGAACAGGUUUGGCUCAGAAAGUCAGUAUAGUGUCAAACCGGUCAGUUGAAAUGGUAGUUACAGAGUAGAUCAUCCUCGAGGAGUGCAUUUUGUCAUCUUUUUGUACAGCUGAUUUCCUACUAUCAGGAAACCUUAUACAAGUUAACAUUUUCUGUUAGUCAUCAUAUACAAUCAGUUCUCAAGCUAGAAUAAGUACCUGCAGCAGAAUGUCAGAGUUCAGCCAGGAGCUGCUAUGCACAAGCACCAAAACAGUCCUCAAACUUUAUUGUUGAAUUUAAUUAUAGUUUUAUUCAAUUAUGGGUCGCAUACCUGCUAGUGUCCUGUAAAACAGCAUUGUUUUUAAUUUAAGUGUAUUUUAUCUCUACUUAUUUUUCGUCCAUGUUUUCCUCUCUGUCACUUUUCCUGCAUCGUAUGGAUCCUGUGCUUCAUCUGUGGCAGCAGUCACACAGUGCAGUAUGUACUUGCAAGGGAAAUUGUUGCCUGUGACCUCAGUGUGUUCCCUGAAACCUGCUCAUCCCCAGCCCGCUUCUAAGGGCUGGACUCAGAGCCUGGGAGAUGCCUCCUGCUAAAAACCACAAAGAGACAAAAUCCAAUAGUGACUGCCAGAGUAGUGUCUCCUUCCUGACCGGUGUGACUCCUGUCAGGCUUUUUGCUCGAACAGAGGCUCCAGCACACUUGUGCCUGCCUUCCUCAGAUUAGAAACUUUCAGUUAACAUCUCAAUUAGUUAGAAGCCUCUGCCCUGCCCCAGAACUGCAGCGCAGCCACUGAGGCAGCGCUUUCCAUCAGCAAGGUCCAUGAGUGCAAGAAGGGAUGAAGCCACAGGAGGAGACAGAGAACGGCUGUAGGUCCCUGAGGCUGAAGCAGCCAGGAAGACCCCAGCAAAGGUUAAUGGUUAUGCAGAUGUGAUUAAUGGUGUCUGCAAAGUCUUACAAAGCUCCACAGGGCAUCCAGACCUGGUGAGAUUUCGGUGGGGCACAGAGCUUUCAGAUUGCCCUGGACUGUAGCAGCCAAGAGCCAUGGAGGUUUGCAGGAUGGAAUUAUGGACCUCAUGGAUCUUCUCGUUACAGGCCAAAGGAAUGUGGAUUUUUCAAGCUUCACUGUGAAAAUCAAAACACUUGAGAAAAAGUGAUAAAGCGAGAGGCCAAUCUUUACAUCAUAUAGGUCACCCUUCACUUGGAGCUCAUUUGCCUUGCAAAUACCGUAUUGUUACUUGCUGCGUCCCUCCCUGCUCACUUAAAUGACUAACUCCACCCCGAAAAAGAAGAACUUUUGCUGACCUGCUGGAGGAGAGGCAGAUCCUGACACCAUGGGGCCUGUCAGCUACUCAUCAGAGACCUAUGACUUGAGCCAGGUGGAGCUGAGCGGUUACUUCGAGGCUGAGAACACCACUCCUUCUUUGGAAGGCUACUUUUGCUUCAAUCCGGCCUCAUCUGUGGUUGGCAACCAGACAGACCCCUUCAGGAAGGUCUUCAUACCGCUCGCCUAUCUGCUUAUGUUCGUGUUGGGAACUGUGGGCAACGCCCUGGUCCUGGUCAUUUUGGAGAGGUUCAAACGGUCUCGAACAACCACUGAAAACUUCCUCUUCCACCUCACCCUGGCCAACCUGGCACUGCUGCUCACCUUCCCGUUCAGCGUGGUUGAAAGCCUGGCUGGGUGGGUAUUUGGGACUUUCCUCUGCAAGGUCCUCAGUGCCGUCCACAAGAUCAAUUUCUACUGCAGUAGCAUGCUGCUGGGCUGCAUCGCGGUGGACCGCUACCUGGCCAUCGUGUACGCGAUCCACACCUACCGCAAGCGCAGAGCUCGCUCCAUCCACCUCACCUGCACGGCCAUCUGGCUCUCCUCCCUGCUCCUGACCUUACCCGACCUCAUCUUCAUGGAAGUCUGGACAGAUGAGAGCAACCGCAGCAUCUGCUAUUUUCCAGAGGCUGGGAUUCACGGCAACAACGUGUGGCUGGCAACUCGCUUCCUGUACCACAGCGUGGGUUUCUUCCUGCCCCUGCUGGUCAUGUGUUACUGCUACAUGGCCAUCGUCCGCACUCUGUGUCACUCCCAACGCCUGCAAAGGCAGAAGGCUGUCCGCAUAGCCAUCCUGGUCACCGGCGUGUUCCUGCUCUGCUGGAGCCCGUACCACAUCGUCAUCUUUCUGAACACCCUUACCAAGCUAGAAGCCUUCACCAAGAACUGCCUGCUAGAAGAUCAGCUGGACACUGCCAUCAUGGUGACAGAGGCCAUCGGCUUCACGCACUGCUGCCUCAACCCCAUCAUUUAUGCCUUUAUAGGGGUCAAGUUCCGCAAUGAUUUCUUCCGUAUCCUGCACGAGCUGGGCUGCAUAAGCCAGGAGACCCUACAAGAGAUCCUAGAGGUGACAAGGAAGGGCUGCGGAAUCGAGUCUGACAACACCACCUCCAUCUCCACUUUCUAACUCAGAAAGGUUGCUGCAGGACAGAAAUGGCCUGCCCAGUAGCAUAUGUGCUGUGUCCCACUCCUAAGUUUCACAAGUGUCCCCACCACUCUCUUCAUUCCUCGGGAAACCAAGGUCUGAUAGCCACCUAACACCCAAAUCCCACCGCCUCGCUUCUGUGGUUCCUUCUGGUUCACAUACAUACCAAAAUCUGUCUGGCAGCUGUUGGCAAAUGCCGACUGUCCGAUUGUCACUCUGGCAGGGAUGGAGGAAACAAGCAGGUUGAACCUGUUGUUACCACAUCUCCAUCACCAAACUGACUGCAGGAGUCCUGUGCACAGAGCCAGAUGCAAGGCUGAGUCACAGGGCGGGGGGAGGGGGGUGGGAGGCACAGCCAAAUGGAAGUGGAGCUGUUUCAGUGAGUGAGGGCUGAGGAAAGGACAAAGCAGGUUCCCAUCUCACCUGCUCACGUCACUGAAGACAUGCCCAAAGGAAGCAAUGGGGGACAAUUGCCGUGGUAGCUAGAGCAAGAGAUGCAGGUAAGAACAUCAGGGUAGCCAGAGCUCAUCCCAGUGACAAAGGCCACGCGGUCUGUGGAUGGAAUAUUGCUCCUCCUGCUGCAUGACGUCCUGCCAUCCCAUCACAGCACAUUGCUUUUCCCAGCACAGCUCACCCCAGGAGGCCUUGGACUCGGGUUUGACUGCUGCAGAUUCCUGUCCUGACAUCAGCCACAUCCUUCCCCGUUCACUUGAUUUGUUCACAGCUACAGCGAGCGACUUGCUGAAGCAAAUGCCUGAGUAUACAAAAGCUGUCUUUUAAAGAAGAUGACUGUCUGAACAGAUGGCUCAGUCUUGUGACUGAGCACGGAGAAAAUGAACCACACAUCUUUGUGAGGCUGAAGGUGUAACCUUUUAUUUUUUUUUUCCCCCCUUUUCCUUUUGCAGCUCACUGUACAUCGCUUUGUGCAUUCUGCCCCACAGUAUGGUAAAACAUAGAAGAAGACCUAAUUUGCAUCAUUUCAGUUUGUUUUCAGUGGGCUGAGAGGCAGCACUGCGUUUUGCUUAGAACUGUGCUUUCAGAUAUCCUUGCUCCACCUGCACACACAGGGCCUUUGGAGAUGGGGUGCAUCCAAUAUCCAGGUUCACAUAGAACAAUCCUGAGUGCUGAUCUUGCCCUGCACCAUGGGCAUCCAGCAGCAUCAGGGCUCCUCAAUCACAAGCUGGUUCAAAACAAGAGUGGUAGCUUUGUACCAUCGUUAAUGAUGGCACUGUGAGCUGGCACGCAGGGCAGCCCCAACAGACUUGUGCAGCUUGCUGCUUCCUACUAAGCCUUGUCAGAGUAACGUGUCAGCAGGUACACAGUGUUGCUUCCUUACGUUUUUCUCAUUAGCCAAGCAUUGCUUUGGCCUCCACUUAAUGACAGUCACACACACACCGUCAUACGAGAAUGACCCCAACCCCUGGAACACGGUAAGAUCUGCUGUUCUACUCACCUCACUGCUUAUGCUUAGCUGGCACAAUACCAGUUUUGCCACCGCAGGAGGGAUUUUUGUGUCUAAAUCACCAUAUCCUCACCAUAUCCAGAGUCACUCUGCAGACAUCAGUCAUCACAGAGUGGGUCACGUCAGACUGUCCCAGCUCAGGCAGAGGUUUUGAAUGAGCUGCUUGCAGAUUCUGACAUGGCAAGGAAACUCCUGAAAUGUGAGGCAUUCACAGCAUGAACAAUCCUCCAGGGCGCAGCCCAGCCCUGCAGAGCAUCUCCUGCAGCAGCACGCUGCUUCCUACUCCCCGUGAGGCCCAGGGGACGUCACAGGGGUGUUUUAGCAGAGCACCCUGCCCCACACGGGGCCGUGGGGCCGUGAAGGCAGCAGAGCGUGCACAAAGCGCGAGCCAGUGAAUGCAUGAAUGAACGUGUGCCUGGGAGUGCUGCAGAACCGGGGCUCCCCACACGCCCUCGUGCAGCUCGCUGUGACUCACGCAGGGUUUCAUUUUCCUUAUCAAGAAGAGGACCUGCGUCCUCACCCCGAUCCCCCAGCGCUUGCAGCUGGGCCCCGCUCCGUCACCCACCGCUGCCCAGGAGGGGUGGCUGGGAGCAGGUGUGCUCAAACAGCGCUGGGACAGGAUCUGCAGCAGCAGGGAACGCAGGGAAAUGAGGCUGUUUCUCACUGACAGCAGUUGAAGAAGAACUGCUUCAAGCCACAGAGGCGAGAGCAGCCAUGUCCGACCCACAGCCCCGCAUCACGGUGGCAGCUCUGCCCCACGCUGCUCCGCUGUGGGCUGAGACCAGGCCGUGGGGCUGUGGCAGCACAGACGUUUGUGAGCGACCACGUUCAGGGAUGAGGCACAGAAAGAAGAGUAAUAUUUCAUCGAAAAUCUCUGACCAGCACUGUGAGACCACUGCCACCAAACCACAGUGAUGCCUCAGCCUCACAGCACGGUCACAGAUCCCACCAGUUCGAUGGCUUUGUUGCUCUUUUUACCAUUUUAAUAAAAACAUUAAAGAUUAAAAUAAGUUUUGUUACUUACAUGCAUUGACUACAUCCUGUAUUUUACAAGGGCUGUUCUGAAAGUAAUGCCUCCUGUUUUAUGAUGUCAGCCCACCACAUCAG